AUGAUUCAGCUCGUAAUGGAUUGGAUAAGCGAGUUGCCUGAAGCGCUGCUCUUGAGAAUAUUGUCUUCACUGCCUGCGAAAGAUGUCGUGGCCACAAUGGUUUUGUCUAAGCGAUGGCAGUUUCUUUGGACUCUUGUGCCAAGACUCGUGUACGACGAUAGCUAUAAGUUUAUCGAGUUUGUGACAUUUUCGCGCUUCGUAGACAGAUCUUUGAUUCUUCACGAGGCUCCACUUCUUGAAACGUUGCAUUUCAAACUUAGUAGAAUCUUUGGUGCUGAUGAUGUUCGAGUGUGGAUUAAAUCUGCAGAGAACCGCCGUGUGCGCGAGCUCAUCAUCGAGAUCGACAAGUCUUCUCGUAAAAACCCAGCCAUACUUCGAAGGAGCUUGUACAAUGGAUGUAGGGUGCUUGUGACACUGAAGCUGAACAAUGCGGUUUUUGUAAAUGCGUCUUCUUCGCCGGUUUCUUUCCCAUCCCUCAAGACUCUGAGCCUUGUAUCCGUCAAAUACCCUGGUGAUGAAUUCGUGGAGAGUCUUUUCUCCAAUUGUCCUGUUCUUGAGGACUUGCACGUGAGGCGAUGUGGCAAUGACAAUGUGACCAUUUUCACCAUCAAAGUUCCUUUUCUAAAACGUAUAUCCUUGGAUCAACAAGCAGAUGGAAAUAAAGACGGUGCACAUGGGAAGAUUCUGAGUUCAUGA